UCAACAUUCUGCAUCGAACUCAGUUUAGAUUCAAUUUUAUGUUUCAACGUUUGAACAAAUCGCAACGAUAUAGGUUUUCUGUUUAAGAUAACGAUUUAAAUUCUAAAAAUGUUGCAUUCUCUAGUUUAAUGGUUUUUUUAUAAGCCUUUUGAAAUUUAUUCUUCCAAACAUGAGUAAGGACGACGAUCUGCAACGCAAUAUGAAAAAACGUCCUGCAAGUGCAUCUCCUUACGCGGAGAAUUAUCGAGUGCCGAUGGACCUCUGCCAGCGCCAUUUAAUCAAUCAUCGAUUGAUGGUAUCGAAGCUCAGCCGCCGCGAGUUGGAAGAUAAGUACAUCAAUUUGUGCGACGAAAAUUUUUCGAUGAAGAAACGCUAUCAGGAACAGGAGGAUCAGAUUAAGAAACUGAAAACCAAGUUGAUGCGGUUUUCCAGCCUGGAGAGCAGUAAGACCACCAAAUCGGACGUGCGAAGUGACCAUAGCAAAUUGCACGAUUUAGAAGAGCAACGACAUGAACUGCAUGAAAAACUCAAAGCUUUGCGCAACAGUCAAAAGCAAAAGCAAUCACGCGAGAAGCGGGUUGGCGGAAAGGCGGAAACUCAAAAACGUCCUGCUUCGAAAAAGGUGGAUAGCACCACCACGCGGUCCUCGUCGUCCUCCAACAAUCGGAACGACGAUGGCUAUGACGAGGACCGGGACGAAGUGUCGAGCAGCACCGAUGAGGAUGAUGGGCCCGGCACAAGUAGCAGUAAUCCAAAACCGACCAAAGCAUGCAACGGCUGUGAAGUGCUCAAGGCUGAAAAGAUGGCCAAUGAAUCUGAGUUUGUUAAAAUGAAAAUGGAUAUCAAGUUCCUGCACAAGGAAAUCCAGAACGAGAAGGAAAAAAGUGCACUGCUCGGACGCCAACUGGAGGAAAAACUAUCCUACGAAAUCAUGAAACGGAACGCCGCGGAAAACGUGGAAAUGAUUAAUCUGACACGCCAGGUGGACGAUAUGGCCAAGGAGAUUCAGCGACAGCAGGACGACCAACGGCGAGCGUUGGAAGCGGAGCUAACGAAGCAAGCCGAUCUGGAGGGACAUAUAAAGAAAGAGAAGGAUAAAAAUUCGGAGCUAUUUGAGGAAUGCGAACGAUUGAAGAAAAAUAUUGAGAGGAUCAAGGAAAAUAUGUCCGAAGUUGAGAUUGAACGUGAUUUUCUGAAGCGACAGCAGGAAAACUUUACGAAGGUUGUCGACGAAAACAAACUGCUGCGCUACCAACUGGAAGAACUUCGCAAGCACAACGAAGAUCUCACCAGGCAAAUUGAAUCGCUCAGGGAGGAGGAAACCGUUACCAAGAGUGCCCAGAAGGAGCUGCUGGAGAAGUUAAAAACACUGCAACAGGAUAACGAUACGCUUUCGGUUCUGCUGGAAGGACUGAGGACCGAGAACGAAACAUUGGUCGAGGAGAAAACGGUUUUGGAGCAAAAUCUGAAGAGUUUGGAAGCCUCUCCCGUGAAAGAAAGACCAUCUACACCGGUUGAUCGUAGUGAUGGUGAAACUCAAACAGAGAUGGUGCAGAUCGUUGAUCCUGCAGAGCCCGCUGAUGACAUUCCGAUGGAAAAUGAUGAAGACAUUACAACUGGAAACUCUACAAGAUUGACUUCAACCUCAGAACCAGAAAAUCACCCUUCAGUAGAGAUCGAUCCAGGGAUACAUUCGCCGAAAACGUUGCGUCUAUCGGAUGAUUCAAUAAUGCGACAUCGUCGGGCAUCCCUCAAACAGGUUCGCAUUAGCCAGAUCUUGCCGAGAAUUACCUUGCUGCAGCAAAAUACUCUACAAGAUAGCAAUCGAUCUAAACCGAGCAACGCGGCUCUUCUGCUGUCAAAUUCGUAUGCACAAAGCUUGGCGCAAGAAUUGAAAAAUUCCAGUUUCACAAGAUAUGAUCAUAGCAAGGGAAAAGAUCCCGUCUCCCCGGCAUCAUCCAAUUCUAUGGAUAAGAAGCGAAUAUCGUUCCAAGAGGAGGACCGAAGCAGCACAACUGAUGAUUCACCGACUCUGACAAAAGUUGCUGAUCAAAAAUCUGAAAACAAACAAACCUAUGAAAACUAUGCUUCCUACUUUGGGUUCACUCCGGAGGUGCAAAAGCGGACUCGCGAAUUUUCUAUGCUUCUCGAUCAGAAUACUUCCGUGUCGAAAACAGCAUCAUCGGAUGACUACAUCGCUCUUGUCAUCCAGAAGGUCUGCUGGAAGGACUCAACUUUAUCGAAACUUGUCGAACAGAAAGUGCAGCACUUCUACGUGGAGUUCAGCUUCCUAGGCGAACGGGGACACCGGCUGGAAACGCCACAAUCGGCGGAUUUACUCGCCGAGAGAGGUGCCAGACAGCACGACGGUAGACCUCCACUGGAGUACACCUUCGAUCAUCGUGUGGUGUUCAACCUUGCCGGACCGAAACAUGAAGCGCGACGGCAGCUGUUACGCAGUAUGUUGCUUCCCGGAGGGCGGGACAUGGUUCGAUUCUUGAUCGUGCACGAACAGGUGGAGGUGAGAUGUUGCAGCGAAAUUGGAUUCGCAUCGUUCCGGUUAAAACAGGAGAUUCAAAAUUCCAGCAAAGAGAACAGUGAUAGCAAAGUGAUUCAAGCCGUUAUUUAUAAUAUCAAGGACCCCGUUGACGAGUUGGGGCAAUUGUCCAUACUACUGGAAGGUAUCAGUCUGUUGAGGUUGAAGUUCUGGAGCUAACCAUUAUAACGGAAUCAAAAGGAUUAAUAUUUGAAAAUCUGAAACAAAAAAUGCUUAUCGAAGCAAAAAAAAAUCAUGAAAGAAAUCCUUGCCCUUCGU